AUGCCGCCGUUUUUGGCCCAUUCCCCUGAAACGACAACCACAAUCGCUUGGGAACCCGUUUGGACCAAGAGUGGGGCAGGUGCCCAAAGCCCCCUUUUAGCGCGUUUCAGUCGCAAGAUUGGGGAUGACGACAGAGAUGCCAGUGUUCAGACUCAGAUCUCACCUCCAUCUCGUCGAUUUGAGAAGCUUCGCCAGUUCUUUGUGUUGCAAAUAUUCAGUCAUCUUCGACUUGAGGACCAGGAGUAUGAGCUGCUCGAGCAUCAUCGGUCAUUUCACUCCUUCAGACUUACACCCUGGAGGCGGUCCUCAACCUUCGCACGGAAAUUCCUCGCCUUCCUGAUUGGACCAAGAGUAUGGAAGGCCCAGCACCAAACCAUCGGCCGCAAUUCUGACUUGGGCCUGACUUCCGGUGUCCUGUGCACCCUCUCCCGCCUCCUCCUCCAACACCUUGCUUGUCUCGGUCUGCACGUACUAGGGCCGUAUCUGCAGGGCAGCCUCUCAUCGCACGACACAUCUGACACAUUUGUUUCUUCCCAAACCUCGAGAGACUGGGCAUCCAAGGGACAGUGCUGCGACACUUACUCCCUCAGAAACCCUAGACCCCCGGACGACCUCGUGCAUCCAUCAUCUCUCCCUCGCCGACUGCCGUUGGCAAACACGAGAAAAUCUUCUCCUGUCGAUCAAACCUGUAUCGAACCGCCUCCCAUUCCAUCUCUCGCGGCUUUCGAUUCGACGCUUUGCCGGGCUCCUGCCGCCGCUGGUCACAUUUUCCUCGAAUUUGUUUCCCGUGAGAAGUUCGUGUCAUCCACGCCGUUUCUCUUCAUCCAGAUCUCAUCCACAGAGAAAGGAGCCUGGGAUACAGGACGACUCCUGAAGCCUGACAACAACAAUCAAUACGCCGGGUACUACCAGUAUCUAGCCAUGCAAUAUUAG